CUUCAACUAGUUCAAGCUCUUCUUCUGGAGGUUCCAAUUUAUCUGGAAUUUUUGAUAUUACUGGAGACAUUAGAAUCAGUAAUCCCAAUUUUAAGGCGACCCGACCGACACGUGAUCCGUGUAAACAACUAAUCUCUAACAAAAUGUCGCAAAUACCACCUCAGGUGCAUGAAACAAUAGAACAGUUUUUCAUGAGUAGCUCGACUUGGUCACUAUUUUCGUUUCUCCAAUACAGAGAGGGUGUAGACGAUUUCACAUACGACAAAGUGAAAGAGCAUAUGUUAUACAAGAGUGCUCUGAAUUUGUUAUCCAAAGAUCACGAUCAAGCUCGAAAGUGUCUUCUUAAUUUUGAGGCUGAUGGUGUCUUACGCAUGUUAGAAGGCACGACCGCUGGUCAACAGCAUGUUUUUAAUAUUCAGCAACAAGAUCUCCUCGGUCUAUACCAAUCCGGCGACAAUGAUUUGACAAAUACAUCUAUGAUGUCAUUGUCAAAUAUUUUAAAUCAUCCAGGAAAGCGCAAGUCUGAGGGAGAUCAUCGUCCCAAGACACCACCUAUGAGACCUCGUAAAGUAACUGUUACGACCCCAGAAAAGCCAACCCUUUACAAACACACUAUGCAACACCUGGCUAAACAUUUUUCAGUCUACGUUAACAAUCAAUGUGUGAUAAUGAAAUUAGAUCAUGUUGAUCUAAUUCCGAAAGAAAUUCGUACUUGGAUUGUAAAUUUAUUAUCAUCAGAAAAAGAUGUGUUCGAAAGCAAUAUUAUGGCUCCACUAAAUUCAACUCCAGCCCAUCCAUUUCAACAAAUCUGUAAAACAAUUUUAUAUGACUUCUUUUCCAUGACUGAUAAAGGCCCAUUAAAUCGUUUUAUUGGAGAAAGGAAGUAUACCGUGGAUAGGAUAGUGCCUUUAUUCAAGGCGAUUCAAUCGGUAUAUCGAGAGUAUUUAUUUGAUUGGAUCGAAGUACAAGCAAGUUGCAUAAAAGAUAUAAAAGAAUUGUUUCCAGAAUUUGACUUCACACUAAAUAAAGUCGAUGGAAUUGGUUCUAAGGUUUCAAGUAAUAAAGAGAUCAUAUUUAUUGAAGUGUCUGGAGGACCGGAGAAUGCUGUUCUAAAACACGUCAAAGAGGAUACUGAAAAACUCAUCAAGGAGGCUAUGUUUGGUUUGAUCUCUUUGCUUAGAGGCUACUUAGGUAAAGGCGCGGAAAAGGCAAGAAACAUAUGCAUUAAGUCUGCUGUGCUACCAUUUUCUUUCGAUGAAGUUGAAAAAUUCAUAGAGGUUUUCGAACUAUUAUAUGCUUUAAUAGAUGGACUUAAAAAACAAACAAGAGAACUAAAAAAAUUAAUGCUUGCUGAUCCUAUUAGUAAUGUACCUACAAUUCGGGAUUGGAUCUGGGUCCCAAAAAAUCUUUCAAUGUGGGAAGCUACAGAAGUUAUAUAUGAAGAUUUCGACUAUGAAGAUUUGAACUAUGACUAUGAAGAUUAA